CAGAACGAAGUCAAACCUUAUCUGCAACUGGACAAAUUGCGCGACGGAAUGUUUUGGGUUGCGGGCGAGCUUUUCGAUUUCAAAUUUACGCCUGUUUCAAAUGUUCCCGUUUAUCACGCGGACGUAAAAGUUUGGGAAGUUACGGACAAGAAAAGCGGAAAACACGUCGGGCUUUGGUAUUUCGACCCGUAUGCGCGUGAAGGAAAGCGUUCGGGCGCGUGGAUGAACGCUUAUCGCGGGCAAGACAGGUUAGACGCGGAAACCACGACCAUUGUUUCCAAUAACUCCAACUUCGUUAAAGGCAAAGCGGGCGAACCCGUUUUGAUCUCUUGGGACGAUGCCGAAACGCUUUUCCACGAAUUCGGACACGCGCUUCACGGUCUUUCGUCGAAUGUUACUUAUCCGUCGCUUUCGGGAACGAACGUGGCGCGUGAUUACGUCGAAUUUCCGUCACAGCUUCUCGAACGUUGGGUUUCAACGCCCGAAGUUUUGCAGAAGUUCGCGCUUCAUUAUCAAACCGGAAAACCAAUUCCGCAAAACUUGGUCGAUAAGAUCAAGAAAGCCGCAACUUUCAAUCAAGGAUUCGGAACGGUCGAAUAUCUUUCGAGCGCAUUGGUCGAUAUGAAACUGCAUCUCGCCGGUGCGCAAAAGAUAGAUGCGGAUAAAUUCGAGAAAGAAACGCUCGAUGCGCUCGGAAUGCCGAAGGAAUUGGUAAUGCGUCACCGCACACCGCAGUUCGGUCACGUUUUUUCAUCGGACGGAUAUUCGGCAGGCUAUUACAGCUAUCUUUGGUCUGACGUUUUGACCGCCGAUGCUUUCGGCGCGUUUAUCGAAGGCAAAGGUCCAUAUGAUAAAAAAGUCGGCGCAAGCCUUGUCAAAAACAUUUUCUCGGUCGGCAACACGAUCGAUCCGGCAGAAGCCUAUCGUAAUUUCAGAGGACGCGACCCGCAAGUGAGCGCAUUGAUGAAAAAACGCGGA